AUGUCGACGUUGGGAACGAGCUAUUACGUUGAGUCGCCUGUUCUUCCCGAGCAGGAAGAUAUGGCACCGAGGUACUCAUCAGCUGCAGGGGUGGAGCAGGCGAUGCUCACCGAAUAUGGCGGACACGAGUCUUGCCCUUUGCAGGCGAAAUCUUCUAUUUUUGGAGGAUCUUGGAGUCCCAUCUCGGCCCACCCUCCAAACACAGCCACCCCGACCUAUAUACAUCACCAUUACACGAGCGGGGCCAGCGAUGGCAUGUUUACGCGCUCCUGGGCGUUGGAUCCGGUCUCCGCGUCCCUGUGUUUGACGGGAUUACCAUCGACAGCCAUGCAUUACGAGAUAAAACCCGAGCCUCUGAUUGGGAGUGCUGAAUGUACAACUUUGGAGACGCACACACCUCUUUUGUCUGACAUCGGGAACGAAGCGUCCCUUGCGGAGAUUCCCUGCGAAACCACGUCCACGUCGAAAGCCGCUGAGGAGAGCCCGUCAGCAGGGGAAGAGAGGGAGAUAGAUGCAAAUAACCCAUCGUCCAACUGGCUUCACGCAAAGCCCACCAGAAAAAAGCGUUGUCCAUAUACAAAGCAUCAAAUCCUCGAACUGGAAAAGGAGUUUCUCUUUAACAUGUACCUCCCACGGGAUCGUAGAUACGAGGUAGCGAGAGUGCUGAGUUUGACCGAGAGACAGGUGAAAAUCUGGUUUCAGAACCGCAGGAUGAAGAUGAAGAAAGAAAACAAAGACCGGCGGAGAGACAGUUAA